AUGGCGACCGCAAACAAAAAGCAACAGGCGCAGACUUUAACGCUCUUAACAAUAGAGACAUUGGAAAGGGAAUUACACAAGAAUUUGAAAAGUUAUGAUGAAGCUUGCAGAGACAAUUUGUUGGAAGCAGCAGAAACAGCUUACGAACUAGCUGAUGACAGAGCGCUAAGGCUUCUUAAGCAUUAUAGAGAUGUCAUACCCCAACUAGACGCCGAGAUGCAAGCAAGAUAUGUCGACAAACACGAAGAGUUUGUAGACCGUCAUCAUACAAUGGUUAUCGAUUGGAAAAGAAGAAGGCCAACUGCACCUUCGGAAAGAGAACCCUCUGAACAUUCGGAAAAUUCGGAGGAAGAGGAGACAACUCCGACAACAACAGGAAACGUUGCGCAAGCAACAGGUGUACAAGCAACCAAUACAGUUGCACUGCAACAACAGCAAAACUUCAUGAGCAUUGCUCAUCUGCUACCAAGAAUUGAAUUAGCCAAAUUUGAAGGGGAUUCAAACAAAUGGAGAGAUUGGUGGGCGAUUUUUCGAACACUUAUACACGAAAAUCCAUCACUACGACCCAUCGAAAAAUUCAGCAGAUUGAAGAUGCACAUGAGCGAAGACGCUGCUGGUGCAAUUUCAUACCUGGACUUAACAGAAGAAAAUUACACCAAGGCAAUCGACAUUUUAAAUGGGAAAUACAACAGGCCGAGAUCAGCAAGAGCAGACCACUACAUCGCAAUUACGGAAUUGCCUAGGGUAGAUCGAGUAGAAGACUACAAGGCAAUGAGGAAGUUGCACGACAGAGCAAUGGGUCACGCCUUGAAUCUUGGCGACUUGGAAAAGAAUUCUGCACAAAAUGAAGCAAUUUCAGAGAUAAUUACAAGAAAACUACCUCUUGAAUUAGUUUCAAGAUGGCAUGGGGAAACAAGAAGAUCCCGUAAAACGUUAAAAGAUCUCUUUACCUUCAUCGACAGUGUAGCAGAAGAUUGGGAAUAUGCGUUCUCGACUGAAAAGAACGAGAAGAAAAAACCUAAGCAAGAGGCUACUGAAAAAGCAAAUCGAGUUACAUUUGCAUCCACACCAACGGCAGCGGAAUUAGCAGUGACAGGAACUGCAACAAUACAUCCGAAAGAUCGAAAAGAGAAGACCUCAACAACAAUCAAAAGACCAUGUUUGUUCUGCAAAGACAAACACCCCACGUACAAAUGCGAAGUCGCAAUAGAGAAGAAACUAGAGCAAGUUCGGAAGGAGAAAAGGUGUUGGAGGUGCCUCGGACAGAGUCACCAAGUGAGAGCCUGUUGGAAGACAAGCAAUUGCGCCAAAUGUGGCAAGGGUCACCAUACAGCCAUCUGUAAUCAGACAGUUCGGGCGAAAACAGUGACAGCUACGGUAGCAGCGUCCCCAAUGUUAAAGGCAGCAGAUGACGCUCCACUCUCAAUAGAAGCACGCCUAUUCGGUGGCGUGUACGUCCAAACAGCAACUGUUAUAGUGGAAGGGCCAAACGGUUGGCACAAAGCUAUAGCGUACAUUGAUCAAGGAUCAAAUGCAACACUGAUCCGAAGCGAACUCGCUCAAACUCUAGGACUUCAGGAAGUGGGAAAAAUCAAAUUGAAACUUCAGGCAGUGGGUCACCUACACCCAGAAAAGGAACGAAGUGUAAGAAAGUUACGACUACGCGGGAUAAUUCCGGAUGCCGAAUCAAUUGAUUUAGAGGCGAUUGAGCAACCCGAAAUAGGAAAGGUUGCUGGAUCAACAAAGACCGAAUUCGUCAGUGAACUCUGGAACCAAGGUUACAAGUUGGCUGAUGAUAGAAUUUUGAGCGGGACAGCAGGACCUUGCCAAAUAGACAUUUUGAUUGGAGCCAAUCAAGUCUGGAAGGUACUAGGCUCAAAACAGAUCGUUUCGAAGACUGGAAUUAGAGCCAUCGAAAGCAAAUUGGGUUGGUUACUACUUGGGCAGGAUGAGACAGUUGCGAUUUCCACCACUACGGCGAUCGGCUUCCUCCUAAAGGCAAAAGAAGGAACACCACAAUACCCAAUGCAAGGCCCGAAUUCGAACAGAAACGAUGAAAUUGAUUUUGCGAAGUGGUGGAAAUUAGAAAGUCUAGAUCCACUAGAAAAUGUGCCACUUUCGGAUCGCUGGAAAUCUCAUACAGACUCCAUCAAACAAGACGAAGAUGGACAUUAUGUCGCACCGCUCCCAUGGAACGGGAACAAAAAAUACAUCAGCAAGAAUGACGCCAUGGCAGAAGGUCAGGCAAGAGCGCUGAUGAAAAGGAUGGAGAAGGAUAACGAGAUGAAGACUUCAUACGAAGCUGAGUUCAGAAAACUGAAAGAACUUAGAUUCAUCUCUAAAGCAGACACCAAUUUUAAGGGUAUCUACACGAUUCUACCCCAUCACCCAGUUGUCCGUAAAGACAAAAUCACCAGCAAAGUGAGACCUGUUUUCAAUGGUUCUGCGAAGCCGAAAACAGGAUUCAGCGCCAACGACUGUCUCGAAGAAGGACCCAAUCUGAAUCCUGACAUUCUUGAUGUUAUCCUGACGUUUAGGCUAAAUCCAAUUGCCUGGACAGCUGAUAUCCGACAAGCAUUUUUAAUGGUAAAAUUGCUAAACGAGGACGCGGAAGCGUUAAGGUUCCUUUUAGAAGACGAAAACGUCCCAGGAACGCUGCAGACCUACAAAUGGAAUAGACUACCAUUUGGGCUAACAUGUAGCCCGGCAGUGCUCAGGACCGUCCUAAAGAAACACCUCGAGUCAUACAAAGGCGAACUAGCAGUAAGCAGUCGCCAAAUGUUACGGCAUCUAUAUGUAGACGACUACUUGUCAAAUGCGCCUACAUUAGAAGCAGCAAAGACCGUAAUCGGUACGGUACUCAAACUUUUUUCAGACGCAAAGAUGGAAUUGAGAAAAUGGGUAACUAACGACCCGCAGCUGCGAGAGUAUCUACAACAGAGCAAUUUGACAGACGACUCAUCCGAUUCGUACUCGUGUCUUAAUUUAGACCCACAAAAGGUACUAGGAGUGAGGUGGAAUACCAGCACAGAUUGCUUCUAUUUCAAGUCUGACGUAAUCGUAGAUGCAGCCGCAAAAGUAAAAGUGCUAACAAAAAGAUCGUUUGCUAAAAUCUCGACCAAGCUUUUCGACCCCCUUGGAUUCAUUGGACCCAUAACACUACAGUUCAAGCUACUCUUCCAGGAAUUGUGGCAAGAAAAAAUCGGAUGGGAUGACAAUGUGAAUUCACAAACGGAGAGUCGAUUCAGAGCUAUAGUGAAAGAUUUGAAAGGUAUAGACAGAAUCCAAAUACCUCGCAUGAUCUCAACAGCACAGACCGAUGUAAUUCAAGAAUUACAUGUAUUCUGCGACGCUUCAACAAAAGCGUACGGAGCUGUAGCAUACGCCAAGUCAAGAAAUCCUGGAUUCAUCCGACUUGUUUGCUGUAAAACUAGGGCAGCACCACUCCCGAAAAACGAAGUUUCACUACCAAGGCUAGAACUGCUUAGCGCCGAACUCGGCAGUGUCUUAGCUGAACGAAUCGUAAACGCAAUUGACAAAGUGAAGUGGGAAGUGACACUAUGGACUGACUCUAUGGCAGCGUUAGGUUGGAUCAAAGGAGAUCCAGGGCGAUGGAAACUAUUCGUACGGAAUAGAGUAGAGACAAUUCAGAAGAGAUUCAAACCAGAACACUGGAAACACUGUCCUGGAAAAGACAACCCAGCGGAUUUCGCAUCUCGAAGUUGCUCCGUCAAGAAGUUGACAGAGGCUUUUUCCUGGUGGGGAGGUCCCUCCUGGCUGAAACAAGAAUCGUCUGAAUGGCCUCAGCAAGACAACCCAACUUCGGAUGACCUACAAUUAAUGGAAGUCGAAACGAAAUCCAAACAGAGAAUGCAAAUUCUAGCAGUUUUCAACAUGCCAGAUUGGUUGGAUUCACUGGUUUUGAGAGUAAGCAGUUAUCUGCGAUUACUGAGAACAAUAGCCUGGAUGUACAGACUCAUGAAGAAGUUACCGCCCGGUAAGGCAAUAGAAACAGUCGGAGUAGCAGAAAUUCAUUGCCUCUCUGUCUGCGAAAUCAGCACCGCCGAGAACUUCAUUCUAAGAACUAUUCAACAGAAAGCGUUCCCAGAAAUUUAUGGAUCCCUUAAAGAAGGAAAAUCCAACAAGAAACUGCUACGCGAUCUCGACACAUUACGACCAAUUUGGGACGAAAAACAACAACUGAUACGAGUGACAGGUAGAGUAGGUCCAGCCUUAAGAGACCUACUUAUUGAACCGCCGAUACUUCUCCCUGCAAAUGAGAGAAUAGUCGACUUGCUGAUCCACCAUCAUCAUGUCAAACGGAAACACACCGGUGUUCAAUCAACAUUAACCUAUCUCCGUAAUCGGUUCUGGAUUAUUCGUGCUCGACAACGCAUCAAGAGUGUCAUCAAGCAUUGUGGAAAAUGCCAACGAGCUCAAUCGCGCCCUUUCGACGAAGAAGCCGUUUCCAUGCCUUUGGAUCGUACCAAGAAGGCACAGCCAUUCGAAAUCAUUGGAAUUGAUUAUUUCGGGCCGAUGUACGUGUCGGAAGAGGUCCUUUUGAUUGAGAAAGACAAGGAAGGGAACGAUGUCGAGAAAACUCGAAUUGGUGAAAAAAAGGUGCACGCGUGUUUAUUCACUUGUGCCGUCACAAGAGCUGUACAUCUUGAGCUCGUGACAGACCUUACCACGAAAACGUUCAUGCUCGCGCUACGCAGAAUGAUGUCCAGAAGAGAAGAUUGUAAGACAAUCUAUAGCGAUAACGCAUCAACAUUCACAUGCGCCGCUAAACUUGUAACAGAAGACCCUACUUUAGCAAAUUGGCUAUCAAGUAAGGGAAUUGAGUGGAAAUUCUCUCCGAGCUUGGCACCCUGGUGGGGCGGGUUUUGGGAGAGAAUGGUGCGUUCGGUAAAGGAGCCGUUACGCAAGGUAUUAGGGAAAAUGAAGGUGAGCUACGAUCAACUUCACACCAUCCUGGUGGAAAUUGAAGCAAUCGUGAACUCACGACCUCUCACAUAUGUUUCCGGAGACGCACAAGCGUAUGAAGUGCUAUCUCCACAAAGACUCUUGACUGGAAGACAGCCUGGCGCCACGACGGAGACUUCCGAGCUGACCACAAUGAGCCGCAACGAGCUGAUCGACUUAGAUAAGCAACGUAGCGAACACGCUCUAACUUGGUGGAGGCUAUGGCAAGAAUCUUACUUGUCCGACUUAAAAAGAUUCCAUUGUCGCAAGGGAACGGGAGCCAAAUAUCAAGCGUGUUUCAUGGCCUACGGCCAUUAUAACGGAAUUGAUUCCCGGCUAUGA